AUGGCACCUCCCCCCGUGCCCCCCGACUCCCAGUCCGACUCCCAGUCGGACCCCAAGAUCGAGCCCCAGUCGGACCCCAAGAUCGACCCCCACGUGCCACCCGACUCCCAUCCCCACCCCAAGAUCGACGACACGAUCGAGCUGGAUGCCAUUGCCCGCAUCGCGUCCCGCCUGCGCUCGCCCUCGCUGUCGCGGCACCCGACGACGCACGAUGCGGCCGCCGAGCAGAUGAAGAACGACCCGCGGCUUGACCCCGACAGCAAGGACUUUGACCACUACCGCUGGGCGCAGACGGUGCUGCAGUCGGUCAGCCGCGCGGGCAUCGAGUUCCAGGAGCAGGGCGUGGCGUUUGCCGACCUAAGCGUAUCGGGCUCGGGAUCGUCGCUGCAGUUCCAGCAGACGGUGGUGACGACGCUGCUGACGCCGGCGCGCAUGCUGGCGGAUGCGCUGCCGGGACGUCGGCGCGACCAGGCCAACAGCCGCACACGCAUCCUGCGCAGCUUUGACGGCGUGUUGCACAGCGGCGAGCUGCUGCUGGUGCUGGGCCGGCCGGGCAGCGGCUGCACGACGUUCCUCAAGACGCUGUGCGGCCACCUGAACGGGCUCACACUGGCGCCCGAGAGCCGCAUCACGUUCCGCGGCAUCGACUUCAAGCGCAUGAUCACGCAGUACCGUGGCGAGAUCACGUACAACCAGGAGAUCGACCAGCACUUCCCGCACCUGACCGUCGGCGAGACGCUGGCCUUUGCGGCGUCGGCACGCGCGCCGCAGCAGCGGCCCGACGGCAUGUCGCGGCCCGAGUAUGUCGACAUGAUCGUCAAGGUGAUCAUGGCCGUGUUCGGGUUGUCGCACACGUACAACACCAAGGUGGGCGACAACUUUGUGCGCGGCGUCAGCGGCGGCGAGCGCAAGCGCGUCAGCAUCGCCGAGAUGUUCCUAUCGCGCACGCGCAUCGGCGCCUGGGACAACAGCACGCGCGGUCUGGACUCGGCUUCGGCGCUGCAGUUUGUGCGCUCGUUGCGGCUGGCGGCAGACAUGGGCCGCUCGUGCCACGCCGUCGCCGCGUACCAGGCGUCGCAGCCCAUGUAUGACCAGUUCGACAAGGUGGUGCUGCUGUACGAGGGCCACGAGAUCUUCUACGGACCGUGCGACCGCGCGGUGGCCUACUUCACGGAGAUGGGCUGGGACCGCGACCCGCAGCAGGUGUCGCCCGACUUCCUGACGGCCAUCACUAACCCCGACGAGCGCCGGCCGCGACCUGGCAUGGAGGCGCACGUACCGCGCACGGCCACCGAGUUUGCCGAGAUCUGGAAGAACAGCUCCGAGCGCCGCCAGUUGCUGCAGGCCAUCGCCGACCACACGGAGCAGUUCCCCAUCGACGGCGACGGGGCGCGCGACUUCCAGGCCAACCACGUCCGGCAGCAAGCUCGCCACACACGGCCCGUCAGCCCGUACCUGCUGUCCGUGCCCAUGCAGGUGCGGCUUUGCCUGCGGCGCGCCUUCCAGCGCAUGCGCAACGACCUGCCGACCACGCUGUCGACGGUCAUCGUGCAGAUCGUGCUGUCGCUGAUCAUCGGCUCUGUGUUCUACAACACGCCCGACACAACCGCCGCCUUCUUUCAGAGGGGCGGAGUCAUCUUCUUCGCCGUGCUGAUGAACGCUCUCAUCACCAUCAACGAGAUCAUGCAGCUGUACAGCCAGAGACCGAUCGUGCAGAAGCAAGCGCGCUACGCGUUCGUGCACCCCUUUACCGAGUCGCUGGCCAGCGUGCUCAUCGACCUGCCCAUCAAGCUGUUCCGCUGCUCCAUCUUCAGCAUCGUGCUGUACUUCAUGGCCAACCUGCGCCGGGAGCCCGGACCCUUCUUCAUCUUCUAUCUGUUCCUCAUCACCGCCAUCCUGACCAUGUCGGGCAUCUUCCGCAGCCUGGCGGCCGCCACCAAGACCGUCAGCCAGGCCAUGGGGCUCGCGGGCAUCCUCGUCAUCUGCAUCGUCGUCUACACUGGCUUCACGCUGCCGCAGACGUACAUGAAACCGUGGUUCGCGUGGAUGCGCUGGAUCAACCCCAUCUACUACACCUUUGAGGCACUGAUGACCAACGAGUUCCACGGCAUGGAUUUUGCCUGCGCGCAGUUCAUCCCGCCCAACCCCACGGGCAGCGCCUUCAUCUGCUCGGCCGUGGGCGCCGUGGCUGGCCAGCAGAGCGUGUCAGGCGACCGCUUCCUGGAGGGCAACUACGGCUACUCGUACGCGCACCUGUGGCGCAACUACGGCAUUCUCCUGGCGUUCAUGGUCGCCUUCCACGUGUUCUACCUGGCGGCUACCGAGUUCAACAAGGGCGACGAGUCCAAGGCCGAGGCGCUGGUGUUCCGACCGGGCCACGCGCCGGCGGCGCUGCGACAGGGCGGCGACGACGCUGAAGCGCUGGCCAAAGCAAACAUCAACGACACGGUUGGGCCGGGCAACGCGGCCGGGCCGAUUCACCUGCCCGAGCAGACGGACAUCCUGAUGUGGCAGGGUUUGCAGUACGACAUCCCCGUCAAGGAGGGCACGCGGCGGCUGCUGGACGACGUCAACGGCUGGGUCAAGCCGGGCACGCUGACGGCACUGAUGGGCGUGUCCGGCGCGGGCAAGACCACACUGCUGGACGUGUUGGCGCAGCGCGUGUCCAUUGGGGUGGUCAGCGGCGACAUCCUGAUCAACGGCCGCCUACCGACGUCGAGCUUCCCGCGCCGCACCGGCUACGUGCAGCAGCAGGACCUGCACCUGGAGACGACUACAGUGCGCGAGGCGCUGCGCUUCAGCGCCGUGCUGCGCCAACCCCGCGCCACGAGCAUCGCCGACAAGCACGCGUACGUCGAGGAGGUCAUCACGAUUCUGGGCAUGCAGGACUUUGCCGAGGCCGUGGUGGGCUCGCUGGGCGAAGGCCUCAACGUUGAGCAGCGUAAGCUGCUGAGCAUCGGGGUCGAGCUGGCCGCCAAGCCCACGCUGCUGAUCUUCCUGGACGAGCCCACCAGCGGGCUCGACUCGCAGAGCUCGUGGACAAUCUGUACGUUCCUGCGACGUCUGGCCGACAGCGGGCAGGCCGUGCUGGCAACCAUUCACCAGCCCAGCGCGCUGCUAUUCCAGACAUUUGACCGCCUGCUGUUCCUGGCAAAGGGAGGCCGCACCGUCUACUUUGGCGACAUUGGCCCACAGUCAGCGACACUGCUGGACUACUUUACGCGCUUUGGCGCGCGGGCCUGCGGUGAGAUGGAGAACCCCGCCGAGUACAUCUUGGAGAUGGUGUCGGGCGAUGGUGCGGUCGACAUUGACUGGGUCAGCAGCUGGAACGGCAGCUCUGAGCGCGUUGAGGUGCUCGCCGAGCUGGGCCGGCUGCGCGCACUGGCCGACCGCCCGGACGGACCGCACCUUAACGAGGACGGCUCACCCAUGGACAAGACUGCGAUGCGCGAUAUGGAGAAGGAGUUCGCGCUGCCCUUCCACAGCCAGUUCCGCUACGUGGCCAUGCGGGCCUUCCAGCAGUACUACCGCCAGCCCGAGUACAUCUACGCCAAGUUCCUGCUAGGCAUCGUCACCAGCCUCUUCAUCGGCUUCUCGUUCUGGAAGGCCGACUCGUCUGUGCAGGGCUUCCAGAACGCCAUGUUCAGCAUCUUCUUACUGUGCACCAUCUUCUCGACACUUGUCAACCAGAUCAUGCCCAAGUUCGUUCUGCAGCGCGAGCUGUAUGAGGUGCGCGAGAAGCCGUCGCGCGUCUACUCUUGGCAGGCCUUCAUCCUGUCGCAGGUCCUCGUCGAGAUCCCGUGGCAAGUUCUGUUGGGCAUCUGCGCUUGGGCCUCGUUCUACUUUGCCGUGUUUGGCGUCAGCGGCUCGCCCGAGAGCCAGGGCCUGACACUCAUCUUCGUCGUGCAGUUUUACAUCUACGCCGCCAGCAUGGCCCAGAUGGUCGUCGCCGCUAUUCCGGAUCCAGCGCUCGGCGCCAUGCUCGCCAUGCUCAUGUUCGGUCUGUCCUUCAUGUUCAACGGCGUCAUGCAGCCGCCCUCGGCGCUGCCUCGCUUCUGGAUCUUCAUGUACCGCGUAUCGCCUUUCACCUACUACAUCGGCGGCAUCAGCGGCACCGCGCUGCACGGCCGCGAGGUUACCUGCUCGGCGGCCGAGCUCAGCGUGUUCGACCCGCCGGCCAUGCAGACGUGCGGCCAGUACCUUGCGCAGUUCCUCGAGGUGGCGCCCGGCCGACUGUACAACCCCGACGCCACGGCCAGCUGCGAGUACUGCUCCAUGUCCAGCGCGGACCAGUACCUGGCGGCGCGCGAGAUCUACUACACAGACCGGUGGCGCGACUACGGCAUCUUCUGGGCGUACUUUGUGUUCAACGUCUUCGGCACAGUGACCACGUACUACAUCUUCCGUGUCAAGGUGUGGCGGAAGAAGGGGGCAAAGUGA